AUCGCCCAGGCAGUCGUAGCUCUACACAGACACAGAGAGAGGUGUGUGUAGAGUCGAAAGAUAAGAGAGAUCAGAGGCCAGGAUCCUGCUGGAGGCGACGAGCAUCUAGCAGCGAAGCGGAAAAAUCGCUGCAGCUGAGUUCCAACACAACCCCCACCAUUUCCUUGAACUCUCCGCCACCCCCAACGAACAUCACUCUCGCUUUGUAUGUGCACGGACAGACACACACUCUCUCUCUCUGUUACUGCAAAACACAGACACAUAAAUAAAAUGUUUCAGGGACAACAAUAAACGUCACGCCAAUCCGGAAGACGGACUUCCACUGCGAGAAAGUAACUUGUUUUGUCUUAUUUUUUGUUUUCCCUUUUUUUUAGAGAGAGAUAUUAGACUCUUGUGCUCUGGCGUGGUAGCUGAGGUACCUGAGAGAGAGAGAGAGAGAGAGAGAGAGAGGUAACAGUCUCGCACCUUGAACGCUCUGCAGCCGACACCACAUAUAUACCUUUAUAUAUAUUCUCGAGUCCUCUAUCAUUUACUCUUUUCCUCUCCCUCCCAGCUCUCUUGCUCACGUUUAUAAGCUCUUUGUAUUUUGCGGGUCCUCGUCAUUUUCUCUUCCGCCGCCUUCCUAGUUUGCUCAGAGAGAGAGAGAGAGACUCUGUUACCGGUGGUCCACGAGGGCAGGAUUUGAUGGCUACCGUUGCAGAAAAUAACAGCAGAAGACGUAUGGACGGUGGCUUGCCUGGUGAUCAAAACGACCAACGAGAGAAAGAUGAUUUGUAUACUGCACUGUGGCAUGCCUGUGCGGGCCCUCAUGUCUACAUUCCGCGUGCUGGGGAGAAGGUUUUCUACUUCCCUCAAGGUCACAUGGAACAGGUUGAGGCAUACACCUACCAAGAUGGUGUGAUGGAAAUGCCAAUUUACAAUUUACCUUCCAAGAUCCUCUGCAAGGUUGUUUAUGUUCAUCUAAAGGCUGACGCUCACACAGAUGAGGUGUUUGCUCAAGUUACUUUGAUUCCAGAGGCAGAGCAAGACAAGCCAAGUUUGGAGGAUGAAAAUGAUGUGUCUUUGCCUCAAAGAACCAGUCUAUGCUCCUAUGUCAAGAAACUCACUGCCUCUGACACGAGCACGCAUGGUGGAUUCUCUGUUCCCAAGCGACAAGCUCAAGAGUGCUUCCCUCCUCUGAUCUUCUUGCAGGACAUGUCUCAGCAACCGUCUGCACAGGAACUGAUUGUCAAAGACUUGCAUGGGCUUGAAUGGUGCUUUCGCCAUAUUUGUCGUGGUAUAUUUAGUCAGUCAAAGCGGCACUUGCUCACCAGUGGUUGGAGUCUCUUUGUGACUGCUAAGAAGCUCGUUGCUGAUGAUGCAUGUAUCUUCCUUAGAGGAGAAAAUGGACAACUUUGUGUUGGGAUCCGCCGUGCAAUUAAACCACUAAAUAAUGCCUCAGCAUCUGUCAUAUCUGGCUACAGCAUGCAACAUGGCAUACUUGCCAGUGCUUUCCAUGCUGUUUCUACUGGAACCAUGUUUACCGUCUAUUACCACCCUUGGACAAGUCCUGACUUUAUCAUACCUGUUAAUCGGUACAUGAAGUUAGCUAAAGAUGUCUAUUCAGUUGGAAUGAGAUUCAGAAUGCAGUUUGAAGGCGAAGAUUUUUCAGAAAAGAGAUUUUCAGGUACUGUAGUUGGUGUUGAAGAUAUAGAUUGUAUUAGGUGGCCUGGUUCAGAAUGGAGAUGUCUCAAGGUUAAAUGGGAUACCACAUCAGACAAAUUUUUGUGUCCUGAAAGGGUUUCACCUUGGAACAUUGAACUGAUAGAAUCAAAUAAUAAGAACCCUUCUAUGAUAUUUGAACGAAAGAGGACAGAACCACUUAAUUUAUCAGUGCCUGGGUUUUCCAGUGUGACCAGAGACGGUUUAUUUCAGUAUCCGGUCGAGUAUACAUCUAAAAGACACAAAAGGGUCUUGCAAGGUCAAGAAAACAAGAAAACUAGUACCCAAGAAUUGGGUGCACAAACUCCACUGAUAUUUGCACCUUUGUUACCCUCAACAGAUCCUGAUUGGUGUCACAGAAAAUUGGGGUUGGAGAAUCAUCUAGGUUCUCCAAUACAUGCACAAUUGGUUCAAUAUAGCAGCAAUAUAAUAUCAUCUUCUGGUGGAAAUAUAGCGGUUCCUUGCCCCACUUACAAGUGGCCACCAAUAUUUACCAACAGAGUCUGUGACAAUGUUUCUGUUAGAAGAAACAUUUCAGUCUCAACCACAAGCAAUUUUGGGUCCAAGAUAUUCAGGCCUUCUGAAUCAAGGGAUGAAAAUGAAGUGCCACUUGCCCAACCAACUGGCUGUGCCAGGCUUUUUGGGGUCGAUUUACUUUAUAGUCAUCAGGAGCUCCCUUCACCACAAGUUGCCACUUCUUGUGAGCUUUCAAGGCCUCGUUCCUUCCUUCCAACAUAUGAAUCAUGUGUUUCUGAAACCAUCCAGGUUUCAGACUCCUCUAAGAGUACAUCUGGCGUUCUACAGAGAAAACAAUGCGACAAUUGUUCUUUCAUUAACAGGAAUUGCACAAAGGUGCUCAAGUAUGGAACUGCUCUUGGAAGAUCAGUAGACCUUAUGCGUUUUGAUGGGUAUGAUGAACUUGUUUCUGAGUUGGACCAGAUGUUCGAUUUCAAAGGAAGCUUGAUUGAUGGAAGCAGUAGGUGGCAUGUAAUCUAUACUAAUGGUGAAGGAGAUAUAAUACUCAUAGGACAUUGCCCAUGGCAAGAAUUUUGCCUCGUGGUGCAAAGGAUAUUCAUCUUUCCAAAGGAAGAAAUUGAUAAGUUGAUCCAAACUCACCAGAUCUAACUCCCCUCAAAUUGCUAAUUGCUGAUGUUAAUUAUGUCGUCUUUCUCAUCCAUCUACAUGGAGAGAGAGAGAGAGAGAGAGAGAGAGAGAUCAGACAGAUGGUGUCAGUACAUUAUUUGAACAUAGCUAUGCAGAAUAAGUCCAUGUAGUUAAGAAUUGGGAUGAAAACCUAUGCACAAUUUAUAAGUUAAUGCAGCUUUGCUUGCUAUAUGAAUGCUGCAUUAUUGUCUCUAUUGGCAAGGUUGUUUCUGUUGCUUGUAAAAUAGUAGUGCUUCAUCUGAGGACGUGCCUAUGAUUGCUGUCCAAAUUAUUCCCAGCUAAAAAUAUGUAAGCAAACUUCUUCGUUUCUCUCUCUGGCGAAAAUGCUCUCUAUCUAAAGCCCAAAAAUCUUACCUUCUCCGUCUAGAGGGUCGAUGGAGCUUCGGCUACAGCCACCCUCCUCUUGUUUGUAUAGUCCCAACACUGUCCUACCGUGCUUUUCUAGUUUUUCCUUCGUUUUCCGACUGUAGCACAGAGAAUUGUCGAUCUACUGUUGUUUGGUCACCCACGACCGCCACAUGAUGCACUGCAAGACUCACCAGUUGUUGAUCCUUUGGGCGGCAGAAUCAGAUUGUCGAAAAGAGUGGCACGUGAGUCUUGUGCGCGGCCCAAACCGUAAGCGGAUCUCACGCGCAGCUGCACCAGGAAAAGUCUGUCACCACCACACGCUGAAUUUUUGGGGCCAGAGGCCUCGGAUCUCUUAGAUCCAACCAACCUCCACUCUCCUAGUGUGGUGCAUGGUCUUCACGAGCCUCCACAGUUCUUGACAGUCGCCCGCCAGCGAUUCGACACUUCUUCUACUUUCUAUCUUCCUAUAUCAUCGCUUCUGCUAACCACGGAUCGUGGAAAAAAUGUAGUAAAAGUCUCAUUC